UAUGCUCAAGAAAUUCUUUUCUUUCCUUCUUUCCUAGUUUCUUGGCCACUAAGCUUAGGACCUGAAAUAGACUUAUUUAAGCUUCUUGGCUAAUUCAUGAUUUACGUACAGAGCCACAUUUCCCAAAAUUCAGAAUCAUGGCCACUUAUUCAUCUGAUUCUGAUAAGGAUUUUGCACCAGCAUCAAAACUUUUGGGCCGCCAAAGGCCUAUUCAUUCUGUUUUAGGAGGAGGAAAAGUUGCGGACAUAUUAUUGUGGAGAGACGCGAAAUUUUCUGCUGCAAUUCUUAUUGCAGUUGCAGUAAUGUGGUUUCUUUUUGAGGUUGUGGAUUAUACAUUUGUGACUCUCCUUUGUCAUGUCUCCAUCACCACUAUGUUAAUAGUCUUCAUCUGGUCUGCUGGUGCAGAUAUCUUUGGAUGGACACCUCCAAGCAUCCCCAAAGACAUAUUAGAGGACGCAACAUUUGAAGAUGUUGCUUCAAUAUUACACAAGAAGUUCAACAAUUUCCUCUCCGUAUGUCACUUUGUAGCAUGUGGAAAUGAUGCAAAGCUCUUUUUUCUGGCCAUCAUAUCUCUCUAUGUACUCUCAGUGAUUGGAAACUGUAUCAGCACCUUGAACCUAUUGUUUUUUGGUUUGCUGUGCAUGGAAACACUCCCAUUUCUUUAUGAGAGGUACGAGGAAGAAGUCGACGAUAUUGCAUAUAAAUUGAAGAGACAGAUGAGAAAAACUGGCAGGAAGUUUAAUGCAGAUUUCCUAGGCAAAAUUCCCAGAGGGCCAGGGAAAGAGAAAAAGGAGAAAUAGGGUGGACGUACAAAAUUCUGAAAUGUUCUAAUCUUGUUCUAUCUCUUGGAUAUCCAAAAUAAUAAUAAUUUGCAAUUUGAUAAAUGUACAGGAUAAUUAAGUUAUGCAAUAGUACACUUUGUGAAA